CACAAAAAACAGUAUUUCCACUGCGUAGAAUUAUUUACUCGAAAAAGAAACAAAAAAAACUUCGCAGUUUAUCAAGCUCCUUCCGGAACGUGACAUGUAUUUGUAAAGCUCACUCCGUCCAAAGAGGCCUCAUGGAACCGAGUAACGAUGUGGCGCUGGACAUUAUCAUCACAAACGUGGUUUCUGUCUUCAGGACCAGGUGUCAUUUAAACCUGCGCACUAUCGGCCUGGAGGGGAAUAACGUCAUCUACAGACCGGAAGUAGGGAAAGUACUUAUGAAGCUCCGCAAACCUCGCAUCACUGCCUCCAUAUGGUCAUCAGGGAAAAUCAUUUGCACUGGAGCAACAAGUGAGGACGAGGCUAAAGUGGGUGCCAGGAGGUUGGCCCGCUGCCUCCAGAAGAUAGGAUUCAAGGUCAGGUUUUCAGAUUUUAAGGUCGUAAACGUCCUGGCAGUGUGCUCCAUGCCUUUUCAGAUCCGCCUCAUCGAGUUCACCAAGAACAACCGUCCCAUAGCCAGCUACGAGCCUGAGCUUCACCCAGCUGCAUCGUACAGAAUUAAAACCCUUAGAGCAACAGUGCAGGUGUUCUCCACAGGCAGCGUCACAGUUACAGGACCAAAUGUUCAGAGUGUUGCCUCAGCUGUGGAACAGAUAUAUCCUCUAUUGUUCGAGUGUCAGAAAAAACUGGCGUAAAACGCACACACACACACACACACGCACACACACACACACACACACACACACAGUCUGGAAAAACUGAAGAAGCACCUUAUAAGUGAAUGUGUUUUAAGACUUUAAACUGUUGGCCUCAUCGUCGUGUAGUAACUGAACAUUUUAAUCAAGCAUUAUUUUAGUGCAUGGACACCAAAGUCAGUGAAAAGGCUGUUUGUUUUUUUUAAACGUUGGAGUUUUACAGAAAACUGAAGCUGGCUUUAGUAGCGCGACACAGAGGACGGACAUUAAACGAGAGCAGCCGCACUAAACAGGAUGUGAUGUAAUAUUUACCGGCAGCAUUCUGUUGAACAAGAACACUCUGGUUUAUGAGGCCGUGUGCAGGUUACGUGUUUAUGUAAUAUGUUCCCAUUUUGUAUUUUAUAAUAAAGACUGAA